UCACUCACUCACUCACCGAGUCACUCAGUUAAUUUAAUUCCAACCCUCUCUCUCUAUUACAAAGACGUUAGUUUUGUCUGUGUGUUUCCGUCUCUGCCAUAUAAUUCUCAAUCCCUCUGCCCGUGACAUCUUCUCCUUUAACUAACACUUCUUCAUCUCCUCAUUGGCUCACUGAGUCACUUCUCCUCCGAGUUUUUCUUCUUUAAAACAGACAAACACACAGUUCUUGGCCUUUUCUUCAGGGUUUAGGGUUUUAGUUCAAUGGGUUUAAUUUUUCUUUAAAAUUUCUUACAGUUUUUGAGGUUUUAAACAGUUCUUGAAAUGUCGUCACCAUGUUUAAGUGGCGGUGGAAGAACCUACGGGUUCGAUUUAGAACUUAUGAAAUCCCCAUCUUCAUCUAUUACAAGAACUACUUCAUCGUCACCAUCUUCAACAAUCUCCGAGUCAAGCAACUCGCCAUUAACAAUCUCCACAAGAAAACCUCGUACUCCUCGUAAACGCCCCAACCAAAUCUACAACGAGGCCGCCGCUCUACUCUCCACCGCCUAUCCGAGCAUCUUCUCCACCCAGCAACUUAAUCAACAUCCCCGGAAAUUCUCGAAGCCUCAUCAAGAAAAUCAUGCUACUAUUCUUCUUGAUGAGUCUUUAUCUAAUUCGUCGGAGUUAUUAUGGCCGCCUUUACGUGUUUUCGACGAAAACUCGGGUUUUCUAGUUCAUCAGAGCGAAAAACCGAGCUUCUUGAAGUCGAAUUUGAUUGGUUCUUUCUACUCAAAUUCGAAUUCCUAUUCGAAUUCUUGCAAUUCGACGGAGGAGGUUUACGAGGAGGAUAAUUUGGACGCGGAGUCGAUUUUAGAUGAGGAAAUUCAAGAGGGUAUUGAUAGUAUUAUGGGGAAUUUUGUGGAGAAUUCUCAUGUUAAUAAUGUUAAUUAUUUUGGUGGGAAAUUUCAAAUGGGGUCUAGUAACGGAAUUAGAAAAGGCGUGACGGCAUUUCGACAUGGAAAUCGAUCGAAUUGGUGGAGUUUUCCGAUUGUUGAUAUGCUUCAAAUUUCUCCUAGACUUAGUAGAAGUAGUAGUUGUAUUGAUAGUGUUAGCAUUAAUGAGAGUAGUGAUAAGAAGGGGAGCAAUUUGAAUUCGGAUUCGAAGUCGAAAAAAAUGAAUUCCGGGGAGAAACGGAAGAAGAAGGUCGAGAAAGUAUGUUUAGAUGCAGAAUUGGUGAAGGAGAAUUCAAUUGCGGAAUCCAAUUCGAGUUUGUUGUUGAAAUUGAAUUAUGACGGAGUUUUGAAUGCUUGGUCCGACCGUGCGUCGCCGUUUUCCGAUGACAUUUCGGGCUCAGAAGGAGGAAAUGAUGUAUCUGCCAGAUUGGCACAAAUUGAUUUAUUUUCGGAAAAUGGAGGUAUUAGAGAAGCUAGCGUGCUGCGCUACAAGGAAAAGCGGCGUAAUCGCCUUUUCUCGAAGAAGAUUAGGUACCAAGUUAGAAAAGUCAAUGCUGAUCAACGGCCCAGAAUGAAGGGGAGAUUUGUGAGGAGACCCAAUUCAAGCACAAAUAGUCACAGAAGAGAGAAAUAACAAUUAUUUUAGGUUGAGAAAAAUAGUCCUUUUUGUUAAUUUAUGUUGUUUUAUUGUAUUUAAUCUAAAACAUUAGAAGGUGAGGAUAUAAAUUUAGAGGCUACAUAAGAAAAAGAGAGAAUGCAAUAUGAUUUAGGCCUACAAGUUUUUGCCUAGCUUUUUAUUUCCUUUUUAGUACUAUAUUUGAUGUUUCUCUUUGGUUCA